CGCUCUGAGUUUUAAUGGCGAUGGCAUUCUCCUCUGCUGUUUCUUUACGAUCUCUUCAUCACUCCAAGUCCUUCUCUUCCAAAUCCCUUCUCACCACCAUACGAGAUUCUCACCUUAGGGGACCCAAUUGCGCAAACUUCCGACCUACAUGCGCAAAAGUGCUUUCCUGGAGCUCAGCUGCAAAUUAUCUAAGACUUCAAUGUGGCAGUCCUAUUGUAGCUAAAGAGUCGGCACAAAAGAGGAUAGCGAUCGUGAAGUGUGCAACCCUUGAUGAAAUUGAAGCAGAGAAGUCGUUGAUAGAAAAAGAUGUUAAAGAAAGGAUGGAAAAGACUAUUGAAACAGUCCGAGCAAAUUUCAAUGCAGUUAGGACAGGAAGGGCAAACCCAGCUAUGCUAGAUCGUGUUGAGGUAUGGGCCUGUGCAAUCUCAUGUCCUUGCUUUCAUCAUCCAUUUUCAAUUAUAUGGUACUACAAGUCAGACUGGUGU